AUGAAGCUGUUCGGUACCGUGGUUGGCCUGGCAAUUGUCACAAGUACUGAUGUAGCCAGCGAGCUGGAGGAAACUGGUGGAAACUUUGAAGGUGAUAUAAUUCUCACAUCCGAACAAGAGGACGCAGUCAAGUACGGCUACACAGCAAUCAUCGGCGAGUCUUACAAAUGGCCCAACAACCUGGUGCCGUACAAGAUCGACACCACGGCAUUCACGGCCGCCCAACAAAACAGCAUCGUCUCUGCACUCCAGCAGAUUGAACUGGUAAGCUGUGUCCGAUUUAAGGCCCGCACUACGGAAAAGGACUACGUCAUCGUUACGGGAGCGUACACGGGCUGCUGGGCUAAUUUGGGACACCUGGGUGGCAUGCAAACGGUGAACUUGCAACCGAAUGGCUGCAUGUCUCGCGGUACCAUCAUCCACGAGUUCCUGCACGCGCUGGGCUUUGUCCACAUGCAGAGUGCAUCGGAUCGCGAUUUCUAUAUUACGGUCAACUGGUCCAACAUAUCGGCGGACAAGGCGUCCAACUUCAAUCUCUACAGCUCCAACGUGAUCGAAGACUUUGGCAUCCCGUAUGACUACGACAGCGUAAUGCACUACUCACAGACCGCAUUCAGUGCCAACGGACUGGACACGAUCACUACGAAACAGUCCGGUGUUACUAUUGGCCAACGUGUCGGGCUAAGCUACAAGGACAUCAAGCGACUCAAUUUCCUCUAUCCGAUUUGCUAUUAA